UUGUCAACUUUAAGCAUGCUUCCUGUUCUGUCAGGCCAGACAAUGUUUAAUAAAAAUGUUAACACGUUAAGUGCAUGAGAGAAGGUGGAAGGAGUGGAGGAGUUGAUCAAAAAGAGCAUGAGGAAAAGUUUUCAGGUGCUGCUGCAAUAUCAGGCAGUGAGACAGAAGACGAUGACAGCAUGGAUGUUCCCCUGGAUCUCUCUUCUUCAGCCUGCUCAAUCAAGAGGAGAAGACGGGGUAACCUGCCCAAAGAAUCGGUGCAGAUUCUUCGGGACUGGCUGUAUGAGCACCGUUACAAUGCUUAUCCUUCUGAACAAGAGAAAGCACUAUUGUCGAGACAGACGCACCUUUCCACACUACAGGUCUGCAACUGGUUCAUCAAUGCACGGCGCAGGCUUUUGCCUGACAUGUUGAGGAAGGAUGGAAAGGACCCAAAUCAAUUUACUAUCUCACGGAGAGGGACCAAAGUAAUUGAUGGCCACCCAGUGGAAUUUUCCAGCUCAAAAAACUGCAUUCCCCUGAUUGAGAGCUCCUUUCUCUCUGGUAGCCCAAGACCAAACAAGACUUGUAAUGCUUCUUCUCCAGGAUCUCUUUUGGCUCGUCCCUCAGUAAUUUGUCAUACCACCGUAACUGCACUGAAAGAUGUCCCUUUCCAUUUCAAUCAGCCCUCUGGUACAGGUCAGACUACAGAUGACCUUCAGUGGGCUUCACCUACCAACUUUACAGACAACUCUCUCCUAUUCCAUGAGGAUAAGUUGGGACCUAGUUCGAAUGCACAAAGUGGGCUUUUCAACACUCCUCCUCCAACUCCCCCAGAUCUCAAUCAGGACUUCAGUGGAUUUCAACUCCUGGUGGAUGUUGCACUGAAACAGGCAGCGGAGAUGGAAUUGCAGGCAAAACUCAUGGCAUAAAUAGUUCUUCGUAUUUUCUCUUCCCCCAACAGGGAUGUAACAGAAAGAUGUGGCAAUUGUUUCAAUGGUAUCAAGGAUUUAACUGCAUUAUUUCUUCUAAUUAAUCUUAUUUGCACAAGGGAUUGCUGAAAUGAAGCUUCCUAUCCCUGUUAUGGUCUUCAGUGGAUUCCAGUCAUUCCAAGAAUUAUAAACUUAAAGCUACUGUAGAAGCAAACCUCCCUCCUUUUAUUUUAAGUUUCUUAGUAGGUUUUUUCUUUUCAUAAUGUGAGAUGGUUCCCAAGAUCAUGUGAUUUUGUUUUGUUUUCAUUAUUUGUCUCUUUCAGACUGUGCAAUAUUUAGUAAUAAGA